UUACGCAUGCGCAUACGCCAUUUUGUUUCUUUUCCAGACGACGAUGCUUCCAAUUUUGGAUUCGGUCUAAUUCUUUUUAAAAUGGCAUUUACAUAGUUAAAUAAUUAAUUAAUAUUAAAUUAUGAAGAUGAAGUAAAUUGCUUGUGAUACUGUAAAUAAGUAUGGAAGAGGAGUUUGAGAAAAUUGAUGGUAAAAAUUCAUGGGGAGCUUUUUAUCAGUUUAUACGUUAUAAAUCAAGAGACCCUCAUCUUUCUCAUAAAGAAGCUAGAAAACCAGCAAAUGUUCAUCUUAAUAGAUAUAAAGAUGUAUACCCAUAUGAUCAUUCUCGCAUUUGUCUUCAACGAGCAGAUACUGAUUACAUCAAUGCUAGUUUAGUACCAGUUCCUGCAGCCAAACGUGCCUAUGUUUUGACACAGGGUCCACUACCAACAACAACUGGCCAUUUUUGGGCAAUGGUUUGGGAGCAGAAAUGCAAAGGAAUUAUAAUGUUGAAUCGAAUUGUUGAAAAAAAUAUUAUUAAAUGCCAUCAAUAUUGGCCGUCCUUACAACCAAAUGAUGAAAAUGAAUUACAUCUCAAUAAUGUAAACUUAAAAGUUUCCAAUUUAGGAGAAGAAAUUUUUUCUAAUUAUAUAAUUCGAGAACUUCUUUUAACUGAUCUUGAGACAGGAGAGUCUCGCAUUUUAUAUCAUUUUCACUAUAUGACCUGGCCUGAUUUUGGAGUACCAGAAUCACCAGAAGCUUUUUUACAGUUUUUACAUGUAAUUAGAGAAAAAGGAAUACUUGAUGUUGAAAAUAUACCUCCUGUAGUUCAUUGUAGUGCAGGAAUUGGUCGUUCUGGAACAUUUUGUCUUGUAGAUUCUUGUCUUGUGAUGAUUGAAGAAAUGGGAAGAAUGGAUUUUGUUGGUGUAAAAGAUUUGCUUCUCGAAAUGCGCAAAUAUAGAAUGGGCUUGAUUCAGACUCCAGAUCAAUUGAGAUUCUCCUACCUAGCUAUAAUAGAAGGAUCAAAGAAUAUCUUAAUAGAAAAUAAACCUCCUCCAUUACCUCAAAAGCAGAAGUUAGGAGAAAUUUUAGAAAAUAAACUCUGCUUAGACUAUGCAUCCGAUGAAGCAGAAUCUGAAGAGACUUCAGAAGAAUCUGUUUCAAGUUUUAUUGAUAAAUCAGAAGAAGAAUUAGUGGUGAUGAAUGAAGCAGCCCAAGCACAAGAAACACAAAUAGAUAUUGAUAUACUUAAAGAUAAUUCAGAAGCAUCAAUUGAAUUAAUGCAGAAAAAUGAUGAGGUACUUACAGAAAAUGAAAAUAGUUUAGUUGAAGCAGCAGAAGUUGAGGAAAAUACUUCAGAAAGUAUUGAAAAUUUUAAUGAUACAUCAAGUAUUGUUGAUGGUUCUAAAACUGAUGAAAUAAAUAAUGAAAUAUGUCAAGAAAGAGCUUCACAGUUGAUAGUUAAUGAAAUGCAUAAAACAAAUGAAAUAGAAGUCAAAUCAGUUUUAGAAGAUGAAACACAAUCAACAACUUACUCUGUUUCUUAUGAUACAGAACAACAGCUACCAGAAGAUACUCAGCAAUCAUUGGAUGAAAUUUUACAAGUAAAUACAGAGAUGGAAGAGAAGGUUUUUUCUGAAGAAAAUGAAGUAUCGUCAUCUUCAGAAACUGUAUUGAAUGAUACUGAAAAUGUUUUAUCUGAUGAACUUAUUAGAAAUAAUAAUAAUAAUAAUGAAUCAUCUCAGGAUAGUAAAAUCUCUUCUUAUGAAAAUCAGCCAAAUGAUAUGGAUUCAUUAGAAAAAGAUAGUUCAUUAACAACAAAUUCUGCAGCUACAGAUGAGAAUGAAGAAAUUGAAUUGAAUAUAUGUGAUCGUUAUUUGGAGUUCUACCAAAAUGGAGACAUUUAUUCAAUUAAAACAAAUAAAGAUAAAAACACAUUACUAAAAAACGAAACCUCAAAAUAUUUAAAUGAAUUGUCAUUUGGCAAUUUUUCAUCUCAGUGUUCAAACAACUUUAAAGGUAAUGAUAUUAAAAUAACUACCAGAAGUGGCCAACGGUCAUCAUCGUGUCCACGUCAGCUUCCAAGUAUAGUUUCAAAGUUAUCAGAUAAAAUGAAUGGAAAAAUAAGAAAACGUAGAAAUAGUGCAGACUCUGGAAUAUCUCCUGAAACAGCAUCACCUUUAAAAUUAAGAAAAACCCAAGAAAAUAUCAGUGAUGAUGAGUGUGAAAGUAUAGGGAAGAUUGAAAAAUUCAUAGAAAUGACAAGCAAAGCCUCCUCGUCAGAUUUUUUUGAAGACAAACCAAAGGAAUCAUUUACAAGGUCGAAGACGUAGCCUGACGUUGCCGGGGUCGGUCCUUGAAGCCUUUUCGGGAAGAGGUAGAGUGAGUGACGAAUUUCCGGACCGGAAGUCGUCGGUUGACCGCAGUCGAAUAUCGACGAAGUUGUUUUGUACCGUGUUGUUUUUUUUAUUGCUGUUGUGGAUUUGUAAAGUCUUUUUUAUAAAUAAAAAUGGCGAGGACCGUCGUUGCCUCUUCCCGAAAAGGCUUUCUAUUUGUUUU